AUGGCUUCAUCAAUCCAAAACUUUACAAUAACAAAAUUUUCCAAGUUUGAAUCCGAAAAUUGGUAUCAUUAUCCUCAACGAUCAAAUUUAUCAAUUACUUUCAACGAUAAAAAGGAAAAUGAUGAAAUUCAAGUUGUAAUUCAAUAUAAAGGUUCAAAUUUAAAAGAAAUUAUAUUAUUCAACAACAAUACUGAAAAAGUAGUUACUUCGCUUUUAGCUAAAUCACCAUGUAUUGGAAUAAAACAAAAAAACAAACAGAAUGGAAAUUUGUUAUCAAGAUUUCAAAUUAGUUUAAUUGAUGAUAAUGAAUUUAGAAAUUGUUUAUUAUAUUUAAAAUCUUGUAAGUUUAAUGAAAAUGGGUAUAAAUCCAACGAUGAAACUUGUUCAGAAUUAUCAAUUGUUACAAACAUGACUGAUCAAAAAUCUACUCAACUGCAAAUCAGAAAUAACAAAAAUUCAACAUCUCAAAUUGAUUUAGAUAGUGUUGCAACAAAACGAUCAUGGUCACUUUCCAAUGGUAAAUCUCAAUUGUUAGAACAACCUACUAAAAUUCCAAAUUUACAACAACCAAAUGUAUCACAACCAAUUUUACAACAACAAAAUGUAUCUCAACCAAUUUUACAACCACAAAUCCUUUAUCAGUUUAUACCUCAAUAUAUGAAUCAUUUUACUCCACCGUUCCAACAAAAUACAAUUUCAGAAACAACAUCAGAAUCAAGAAGACCUGCAAAGACAGCAAAGUCAAAUCCAACAUUCUAA